AUGGCAGCACCAAGCGUAGCCAACGGGAAUGGACUGGCAACAAAUGGCCACAUUAAUAUCCCGGCCAAGUCCAUCGAGACCGAAGAACAGCUCGUGCAGCAGAUGCGGUCCCUGAAAACGGCCCCGCUGUGGGCUCAGAUGCAGCGUCUUAAUCCUCCAGCGCCGAAUCCUCAGACAGUCCCGCAUGUAUGGGCUUAUGAUGAGCUUCGGCCGUACCUCUUGCGGGCGGGCGAUCUCAUCACUGAGAAGCAGGCGGAGAGGCGAGUCGUGAUGCUUGCCAAUCCAGCUCGAGAGGCACCAUACACUACGGACACUCUGUAUGCCGGUCUCCAGCUUGUGCAGCCUCGCGAGACUGCGCCCGCACAUCGACACACUGCCUUUGCCUGCCGCUUCAUCAUCGAAGGCAGGGGCGGUUUCACAGCUGUCCACGGCCAGCGCGUUCCCAUGCGUCCUCGCGAUGUUAUCGUAACCCCGACCUGGAACUGGCACGACCAUGGCAAGAAGAGCGCCGAUGAGGAGGGUGGCGACGACCAGCCCGUGAUCUGGCUCGAUGGUCUGGACUUGCCCAGCUUCAUUCACUUCCCCGUCCAUUUCGUGGAGCACUAUGCCAAGUCUCGGUAUCCUGCCGAGGACAGGGACGAGUCACCUAUUGUCUUCCCCUGGGACAAGAUGCAGGCCAAGCUUGAUGCUAGCUCGGACGCUUGGGUCUCGCAGCCGUAUCUCAAGAAAGACGGUAGAGAAAUCGGUCUCAUCAUCGGAGCCUCUGCUGAACGACUUGACCCAAAGUCUCAAUCUCCUGGCGUUCGCGAGACUGCCUCUUCCAUCUACCAUGUUAUUGAAGGAUCUGGCUACUCCAAGAUCAACGACACAACCCUGCAAUGGAAGCAGGGCGAUACUUUCUGUAUUCCUGCUUGGCACCAUUACCAGCACUUUGCGGACGGGGAUAGCAAGGUCUACCUUUACCGGUUCGAUGACAAGCCGAUGCUCAAUGCCCUUGGUUUUUACCGUGUCGAAGGAGUCGACACUGAGAAAUAUGUUACCGAAUAG